CCUUUGCCUAUACUCAGAAUCAUUUAAAAAAAGGCUACAGAGCAAGAUUCUGCCAUGGAGGAGGAAAUAAGAUUGAUAUACAGCCAGGUCAGAAUGUACUGGAACUCAUACAGGAUUGUUUUGAAAGUUGCAGCCCUGAUCUCACAAUAAAUUCUCCAAGUGCAACCCGUUGCUCAACUCCCGUUGCCAGAGAUGAGAAAAGUCCUUCAAUGCAGAGCCAAAGGCCUGCAGUAUGUGAUUACAUAGCUGCUUCUGAAAAAACAGAGUCUCAGGUGUCUAAAAGAGAAAACCCCAAAACACCAAAAGAUGUUGAAACACAGUGCCAAAGUCCUGCCUUGUAUUUGGAUCCUGAGGAUGACCAUAGGUCUGUUGGAGUGCCUUCUCCUGUGGAGGAAGUAAAAACCUCUGUAGCUAAAUUGUGUUCUGAUGACUGCAAGACAACUGCUGCAGCAGAGAGCCAUGUGGAAGUUGAAAAUUUGGAAGGACCUCAGACUGGGAGAGAUGAGCAGGAUGUUCUUGUGCAAGUAACAACACCUGUUGCUGCAUCUUCUGCACAGAAAAAGGAGUAUUUCUCUUCAGCUGUCUUAGCAGCUGUAGCAAGAGGAAUAUAUGGAGAGAGGUAUUCAGCCUUGCUAUCAUCACCAUCAACUUCUCCUGUGGAAGAUGGAGGAGUAGAAAAUGAUUGUGAAUUUUUAAUUGAUGUAUCAGAUAGUGAAUCUGAUUGUUGGAUUUCGAUACCCAAUAAGAACAAAAAAUCAAAAAGAGGUGGCUCUGCAACUGCUGUUUCCAAAUCUCAGCCCUCUGAAAAGAAGACACAGAGUAAGAAAGGCAAGAACAGACAAGUAGAAGUUGAACCACUUUGUAAACAGAAAUUGGAUGAUGUGAAUGUUGGAGUACAUGACUUCAGAGGAAUGCCAGUAUCGGAUCCAAUCCCUGACAGUGAAGAAACGGUCCAUAAAUCUCAAAGCCAAAAGAUCACUCAUAUGGGAAAGACUAAAAAGGAUGCAGUUAGGCAAGACUCUGCAAAACAGAAAAAGAACACGUCCUGGAAACCAGCAGCUCAAAAACUGAUGUCAUGGUCUGAUUUGAAAACAAAAGUAUCUGAUGAAGAACAAUGUAAAACAAAGGUGCUGCCAAGUAAGGAUUUGCCUAUGCCCUCAUCUGGGUAUCAGCAAGAGCAGAUUGUGUCUCCAAAACAGUCUCUCAAGUCUUGGAAGAAUCUGCAGUCAGCUUCAAAAGCUUCUCAGGAGAAGAAACAAGCAUCUCGGGAGAAGAAACAAGCAUCUCGGGAGAAGAAACAAGCUUCUCGGGAGAAGAAACAAGCUUCUCGGGAGAAGAAACAAGCUUCUCGGGAGAAGAAACAAGCUUCUCGGGAGAAGAAACAGGCCUCUCCGGAGAAGAAACAGGCCUCUCCGGAGAAGAAACAGGCCUCUCCGGAGAAGAAACAGGCCUCUCCGGAGAAGAAACAGGCCUCUCCGGAGAAGAAACAGGCCUCUCCGGAGAAGAAACAAGCCUCUCCGGAGAAGAAACAAGCCUCUCCACAGAAGAAACAAGCCUCUCAGAGGAAACUUCCAAAAACUAAAGUAGCUAAAGGGGGGGCAGUAAGUCCAAGGAGGAAGUGUAUAAAAUCUGUCCAGAAAAGUAGCAAUAAAAAGCCUCCAUUACAAAGAGAGGAGAGUUCUGACAGUGAACCUGAUGAAGAAGAGUUGGAAAGAGAGCCUGUACCACCCCUGUGGCAGAAAUUAAGGACUCCCAUGUUUCAGAAGCACACAUUGCAGUCAUGUGGUAGUGCAAAUAACAAAACUCCUGUAAAAGCACUACAGCAUCCCAUGGACAGUGCAAAGAAUUCUGAAAAGAAACGGGUGUCAGUUAAGUCUUCAGGGAAGAUCCCCAAAAAGAUUCCUCACAGAACCAGUGAGGUUUGCUCAGGCCCUGAGGACACUGAGUCUCAAACAGAUUCAGACAGCUCUUCUGUAGAGGACAUGGCAAGAAAAAAGCGGAAAUUACCAGAUGUGAAAACAAAAAACGAUUCUGAAGACCGGAAUAAUACACUAAAAGAGCUGUUGAUGGACGAGUUAGCAAAGCAGAAAAUAGUAAUGCCUACUAACACACCUCAUGUUCGUCGGACAAAAAGGAUACGGCUAAAACCUCUGGAAUACUGGAGAGGGGAACGCGUAAACUACAUGAUAACACCUUCAGAUGGAAGAGAGGUAAUUGCAGAUUUGGAUGGAACCAUAGCUGAUAGCUCUAAGCCAACCCUUGUAUUGGACCCAGUAACGAAAGAGGAAGUACUUGUAGAGUGUAUUAACCGUAAAAGAGGUUUUCCAUGCUACUUCAAAGAUGAAGCAGUAGAAAUAUACAAACAUUUGAAUACAUCUGUGUUUGCAACUGGUAGAUUGGUUUUGAAACCACUUAAAGAAAAGGGACACCAAUUUGUUCAUAUGGAUACAAUAGCUUUCCAUAUUAUGCACGGCAAAAUUCUUGUUACGUUACAUGAGACAUCAUAUUACCUGAGUUCAGGGGACUACUUCUAUGUUCCAGCAGGAAAUCGAUAUAACAUGCGUAAUCUUCUGAACGAAGAAAGUGUUCUUCUCUUCACACAGCUCAAAUGCAGAUGA